AUGCAGAGCCCCAGUAUGAAGGCCAGUCAGGCCGGUGGCCCCCCUGAUGGGGGCUAUGGAUGGGUGGUGGUCACCUCGGCCUUCUUUAUCAUGGGCCUCACUACAGGCGUCCUCAAGAACUUCGGCCUCUUCUUCCUAGAGAUCCAAAACCACUUUGGAGUCCUCACCAGCACCACUUCAUGGGUCACCUCCACUAUGAUAGUCAUGUUUCACUUGGGAGGUAAGUGAUGGUGAGGGCAACUUGUCUUGUUUGCAUUGCAGUUUAACUUCUAUUUCAUCGAUCUACACGUGACUGUAUUGCAUUGUUCUAAAGUGUUAUAAGUUGGCCAAAGAAACAAACAUGGGUUUCAUGCUCAAACAACUAGAGACAAGGUUGACAUUUUGUUAUAGUAACUAUUACCUAGUAAUAACCACUAGAACAUUCCACUCUGGUUCCUGUAAUGAUUUGUCUCCUCAACUCAGCCCCAGUCGCCAGUGUCCUGAGCAUGCACUGUACCCAGAGGGCAGUCGUUAUGAUGGGAGGGCUCCUCACUGCUUCAGGGAUGAUCCUGGCUUCUCUCGACCUCAGUCUUCCAUGGAUGUACCUCAGCAUCGGCAUACUGCAAGGUAGGGUUGAGGGCUCCCCAAGUUUAAAAAAAUGUCACAUUUAAAAACAGUUUCUGAGCUGAGUUCUUGGUGAGUUCCCAGGGUGACUUUUUAAAAAAAGGUGAAAAAACAGAGUUUUUUUUUGUCAAUGACCAAUCACAGGAGACAACGAUCACCAUACCACCACACCAGCCCAUACAACCUACUGUACCAGUACAGUUAACAACAAAAUUAGUUACAUGAAAACAAAAGGCAUUACCUUGACCUUGAGUGAUUUUUAGAUUUCAGGAGGUUGAGAAAAUAGAACUGAAAUGGUCAUCCCUGAGGGUAAACAAUCCUGAUGAGUUUUGCCUUGUGACCCCAACCAGAACACAUUGUAACUAAACAACUUGGGGUGUAGUUAUUGAUUAGCUAUAUUGGCUCAUUAAAUUUGAGCACAUACACACUAUAAAUUACAUUUAGAAUCAGACCAACACAGACCCAAGAUUUAUCUUAACUUUUAUUUUUAUUUCUUAGGUUUGGGUCUUUCAUUUUCCUGGUUACCAGCCAACAGCAUAGUGAGCCACUACUUCCUGAAGUGGCGUCCCAUAGCGUAUGCCAUAGCCAGCUCCGGGGAGUGUGUUUUUGCCAUGGUGUUCAGUCCUUUCUUCCAGUGGCUCAUCGAGGCCUACACCUGGCAGGGAGCACUGCUCAUCAUAGGGGGCCUUCAGCUCAACCUCUGUGUCUGUGGAGCCCUCAUGAGACCUCUGGAAUUCAAACCCCAUAAUCCCACCAAGCCAAAUAAGGACAACCACCAGGACUCCAAAGCUGCUGAUGACCCGACGCCAAAGAAGCUAAGCUUCCAGUGGACUUUGCUAAGGAAACCAGAACUGCUGCUCUACAUCCUGUUUGCCAUUUUUGCUGCUGCAGGAUUUUUCAUCCCACCUCUCUUCCUGGUUCCAUAUGCCACCAGCCUGGGAUUGAAGAACUACUGGGCGGCGUCCAUCCUGUCUGUGCUGGCUUUGGCUGAUCUGCUUGGUCGUCUGGGCUGUGGUUGGCUGGCCAACCUGAGGCUGGUGAGGAACCUACAGCUGCUGACGAUGGUGGUCACCAUGUUGGGGGUAGUGCUACUACUGCUGCCCAUUGGCAAGGACUACUGGAUCCUCCUGGUCUUCUCCUCGCUCUAUGGUUUUCUGUUUGGCUGCGUGGUAGCCAUCCAUGUGACGUCCAUUGUGGACAUAGUGGGCCUGGAGGGGUUUGACAGCGGCCUGGGACUCUUCAUGCUCUUCAGAAGCAUCGGGGGCUUCAUUGGUCCACCUGCUGCAGGUGAGAGAUUGGGGCGAAUUUACAAUGUUAACAUGCACUAACUGAAGAUUUGCACCCAUUUUCACUUUGAAUGAACUAAGCUUUCAUUCAGUGAAGCUACUGGUUUAUUCAUCCAGGGCAGCAGUUGGUGUGGGCUCAAAUGUAUUCUCCUCUUGGCACAGGUUGGCUGGUUGACCAGGACAAAGACUUUGGUGCAGGCUUCUACCUGUCUGGAUUGGUUCUCAUCAUAUCUGGUGUGUUUGUGGUGCUGGUGGACCGGCUUGUCGAGAGGAAGAAGGCCUCUCCCAGUGAAACCGACCUAGAGGCCACUCAGGCCUGUGCUUACAAGAUGGGAGUGAAGGUGGUUGUGAGUGAGAGCAACUGUAAAUAA